AUGCGGAACCCAAGCGCGGCGUGGCUGCUGCGGGCCGCUGUCUUGCUGGCGGCCUCUGUCUCCUGCAAUGGCACUAUCCAAGUGUCUUCUCCCUGAGUUUGGUGGCCUGCUUCUGGAGUGCUCAGCUCUGCUGCCGACAUGCCCACCCAGCUCGAGACGGCCAUGGACACCAUAAUUAGAACCUUCUACCGCUAUUCUUCCAAGGAAGGGGACAGAUUCAAGCUCAGCAAGGGGGAACUGAAACUGCUCCUGCAACAGGAGCUCACGGAAUUCUCGUGCCAAAAGGAUCCCCAGUUAGUUGAUAAGAUAAUGCAGGACCUGGACGCCAAUAAGGACAACAAAAUGGAUUUUAAUGAAUUCCUGGUCAUGGUGGCAGCUCUGACAGUUGCUUGUAAUGAUUACUUUGUAGAACAAUUGAAGGAGAAAGGAAAAUAAAGAUAAUGAGCUCAUCUAAAGGUACAGAUAUGUCUGAAGUUAUAUACUUAAUGUUCAUUUAUACCCUUUAGAUCUAUAGACCCAGUAAUGUCAUUUGUAGCUAUAAUAUACGGUGCAUAUAUUAGUAAUUAAUUGCUACUAUUGAAUUAUGUGUUCCUUAAAAUGCUGACUUUACGUAAAUAUUCCAAAUCUCAUAUGCCCUACUUGAUAUUUGCCUACAUUAAGAGGUUAUGGCCGGGCGUGGUGGCUCACGCCUGUAAU